CUUGACUCUACCGAGAUUACUCACCAGCAACCCGUGACACUUACUCUCCCCCACACACCCAAAUACCCAGAUGCGAUCGGCAUACAGUCAGCCGGCGCCGGCUGUCCAACCAGCCUGUCAGUCAGUCACUCGGUCAGAAUUCAUGCUGCGGCUGCUAGUCGUUCCCGUACUACUUUCAAUCAAUUGAAAAUCUGAGUUUAUUUUUCGAGCUGCGCUCUGGCACAACACUCGCGCGAUCCCGCUCCAGCCGGGGAAAUGAAAUUCAUUUAAAAAGUUCUUUGCUCAGUGCGAAAUUUGUUUCCAGAACGAAAGCAGCGCGUUUUGUAGUCGUAUCGAAGCGCAAUCAAGAUGCAAACCACCAGUAGCAUCAGAGGCAGCACCAACUCCCAAAAUAGCUCGCUGCAGUAUAGCAGCGACAUUAAUGCCAUAAGCAUUGAACUACCCCAAUAUUCAGAGGAUUUUCAAUCUGUUACCGGAUUAAAGUAUUUGCCAACCUGGCCAGCAGUUAAUUUGCAGUUUACGGGACUAAAUUUUGAAGUUCCGGAUAGAUGCAAUGCCCAAAAGACGAAGAAGAUUUUGCGGGAGGUGAAUGGGGAAUUUCGCUCCCAUGAACUGACCGCGAUUAUGGGACCCUCAGGAGCUGGCAAGACAACACUGCUGAACCUGCUUGCAGGAUUUGGGGCUGUUGGCAAUGUCGGCGAGAUAUUAGUCAACAACAAUCCAAGGGAUAUGCGAGUUUUCCGAAAAAUGUCCCGAUACAUAAUGCAGACAGAUGUUCUUAAUCCGCAAUUUACUGUUCUCGAAAUGAUGCUCCUGGCCGCCCAUCUGAAGCUGGGAAAUGAUCUGAGCCUAAAACAAAAGCUAGAAGUGAUCGAUGAAAUUUUGGGAAUGCUACGCCUAAAACGAUCAGAAAAUACAAAGGCUCUAAGGCUGUCUGGAGGUGAACGAAAGCGUUUGUGCGUUGCUCUUGAACUGGUCAAUAAUCCACCUGUCCUCUUCCUUGAUGAGCCCACUACCGGUCUGGACGAUCUGUCUAGCUCGCAGUGUAUGUCGCUGUUGAAGAUGUUAGCUGCCGGCGGCCGCACAGUAAUCUGCUCAAUCCAUACCCCUUCUGCCAAGAUCUUUGAGAUGAUUGACACUGUGUACGUACUGGCCGAAGGUCAAUGCGUUUACCAAGGAAGUGGAAGCAACAUUGUACCCUACAUGCAACAUUUGGGUCUGAGCUGUCCUGUCACUUACAACCCGGCUGAUUUUAUCAUUGAGGUGGCCUGUCACGAGUAUGGCGAUGCUUACCAGGAGCCAAUGGUCGAGCUCAUUGCCAACGGCAAGGUCACGCGGUGGACUCCAACAGCGGACGAAGGCAAAACCACACCCACCAAAACCGACACAACAUCCGGCGCGUCGUCAUUCUACGAAAUGGAGCAGUUCGAUGAGGAAAUAAACCCAAAGCUAUUGCAAUCCAAAUCUAGCUGGUGGAUGCAGUAUAAGCUUCUGCUGACCCGAAUGCUACUCCAAAUGUGGCGGGACAAAUCAUACAUCAAGCUAAAGUUCUACAUGAACAUAGUGCUAGCACUAAUCGUGGGAGGCCUUUAUGUUGGAGUGGGACGCCUGGCUUCCAAAGCGCUAUUCAACUUCGGAUUUAUGUUCACUAUUAUAAUAGCUUACCUGUACCUGCCAAUGAUGCCUGUACUGCUCUACUUUCCAUCGGAAAUAAAUCUGUUGAAGAGGGAAUACUUCAACCAGUGGUACCGCCUGAGCUCCUACUACGCUGCGAUGAUUUCUGCCAAAUUACCAUCGAUGUUCGUACUGGCCGUCAUUUAUUUAUCAAUUGUGUACUUAAUGUCCAGCCAGCCUCUGGAAUGGUUCCGCUUCAUUAUGUUAUUUACGAUAGCCUUUCUUACGGCCCUAACUUCUGAUAGUUUUGGCUUACUGAUUUCCAGUAGACUAAGCUUGGUGAAUGGUAUGUUCAUGGGACCAGUGUUGGCAGUGCCUCUGAUCUUGCUAUCUAUAUAUGGCGUUGGCUACGGCAAAGAUACAUACAUUUCCCCUAUCAUGCGAUUCCUGAUGUCUCUUAGCUAUUUGCGCCAUGGUAUGGAGGGGCUAGUAGCAGCGUUAUACGACUAUGGACGAGGCGAUACAAUUUGCGAGGACACCGAAAUGUUCUGUAUGUUCAAGAAAUCUCAGUUCUUGUUGAUUUUUCUGGGCUUUGAAAACAUGCACUAUUUGUGGUCUGUCUUCUGCUUGAUUGGGUUUUAUAUGCUCUUUACAGUCUCGGCGUACGUCAUGAUACGACAGCGACUGAAAAAAUCGUCAUCCAACCAAAUUUUUGCCUACGUCCUUCAGCUGUUAACCAAAUACUUUAAUUUUACUUCAUAUAAUUACUAAGCAUGAAGUUCAUAUACCAGGAAAAGGUUGGUGCUGGUACCCCAAACGUAGUUUAAUCCGAGAUUCUAGUUUUUCUCAAGAUAUUUUCAUCUGAAAAUGCCAUAUGCUAGUUUUUGCGCCAUGCUGUGACAAAUUGUAUUAUAACAUGUUGAUUAUAGCAUAGAACAAUUGUACGGCCAAGCUGUUGAGUGAUAUACAGGAUACAUUCAAAUAAUUAUAAACAAAAAACUAUGCAUGUAUUGUAUUUUAGAUUAUACAUACAUACAACUUACCAAAUUUUCUCAAUAAAGGCCCACGGGAACUGGAAACAAAAGAGAUAAGUUGUCGAUUAAGUUUAUUGCAAUGAUCAUUAUUUUGUGAAAGUUUCACGUAUGUACAAUACACAGAUCCAUAAAUAUUAACUAUUAUAAUAAGAGUCUUUUGGGUCUGUUUUAAAAUUCCACCAUUCAAUCAUUCUCGAUUGGUUGUCUGUUUAUUUUAUCUGUUUAUUUAUUGCGGUGAUUCCUAUUAUACUGUUACAAUUAAAAUACCCAUAUGUGCAUGUAGGUCAUUCGUUUGGAUCUUUAAUAUAUUUUUGUAAAGGAAAAUACAUUAUAGUUGGCUACAGAAAUACAAGGACAAAGUGUAAUAUGUA